AGGCUUGAGCUCCUCACGCGGGCGCUCGACACGUGCGCGAGCGCGGAGCCUGCCGAGGGCGCCCAGGGCGGCGUCUCCAGGCUGCUGCGGCUGCGCGGCCCCGGCGGGGUGCCCCUCGGAUGCCUGGCGCCGCGGGCGGACGGCGCGAUCGCCCUGCACAGGCCGGGGCAGCCGCAGCUCAUCAUCCGCGGCGACGAGGUCCGCACGGAGGACGGCCGGCUGGCGGCGACGGCCACGCGCGGCCAGGACGGCCCCGUCGGGGCCGAGCACGUCGAGCUGAGCGUCUUCGACGGCACGGACGUGCACCUCGUCGUCUGCUGCGUCUUCGCCGUGCUGCUCCUCUGGCGCGAGGGGCCCUGA